AGCCCGCCAGACGCGAAUUUCGAGUGUGGUGCAAAUGCAUGUGUUUUUAUGGCGUUCUUAUUACUGCGACUGUUGGUGGUGGCAGUGAUCGCGGCGGCAGCCGACGAUGUACAUAAUGUAACAUGGUCACCGUCACCACGCGCCAGACUGCCGUGCGUGGUGGCAGACGGCCAUAGGAUACAGCCGCGUCCCCCGCCGCCCCCGCUGGCGUCCGAUGACAAGCCACGUGCGCUGGACAAGCAGCAGACCUUCAUCUGGACCAGAGACAACGUGGAACUCAGCCAGAAAAGGAUAUUUACAAAUGGCACCCUGGAAGUGAGCCGCAAACAGAACAAUAGCGAGGGAGUGUACCAGUGCAAGGUGUGGCAAAACGGGGGCUAUGUCCUGGGAUAUCCGGUUAAUUUGAAGUUUACCCAUAUAGGGAAGCAAUUUACUCAGCAGCCAACAAAUACGACAGCGAGCAUCGGCCAGCCGGUUGUGUUUACCUGUAAUAUUAGUUCAGGACCCUCUGCCAUGAUUACCUGGAUGAAAAAUGAAGAACUUCUUCCUGAUAACAUUAGCAGAAGAUCACUGUUUCUUCCAAAUCAAUUACUAAUCACAGAUGUGACUGAAGAAGAUGAAGGUGUAUACAGAUGCCUGGCAACCAACCCGUUGCUAAACAAAACUCGUACCAGCCGUCCAGCCUGGUUACGAGUUGAGAACAUAAGGUCUCCCCUGGCAGCGUCAUUUUUGCCAGUACACUAUGAGAGCAAUAUUGUGGUAACUCGAGGGAGCACCAUUGUACUGCCUUGCCCUGUACUCGGGUGGCCAAGACCUAAGAUCAACUGGCUGAAAGGUGUUCAGACUAUGUUAGAAUCUAACACUCAGGUUUUGGUACUGAGAGACAUCGAGAGACGACACGAAGGAAAAUAUAAAUGUAUAGUUGAAGGCACCGAUUUGGAAAAGAUAUUCAACAUUAUAGUUGGUGAAGCGGUGAAUAUCACCAUCCCCCCUACCCCUAAAGAGGUGGUACGGGCCACCACAGUGAGGUUCAACUGCACAACGACGGGACAUCCUAAACCUACAAUUACUUGGUUCAGAGACGGCAAACCCUUACUAAUGGGUGGAAGAUAUAAUCAACGACUGUCACCGAAGGAUAACCGCGUGGAGUUGGUAGUCGGUGGCGUUACUUCGGAUGACGCUGGGAUUUACCAAUGCUUCGCGAGCAAUGCGGUGUCGGCAGCGUCGAUGUGGGCGGCGCUGCGAGUGACGGGAGAGGGCGCGCCCGCCCCCGGGGCCCCGCGCUGCUGGCCCGUCGGGGCCCGCCACGUGCUCGUGCGCUGGGCCCGCCCCGACGUGUUCUCCGUGGUCGCGUACACCGUGCAGACUACCGACUCAGCCGGCACGUCAUCUUCACCGGGCCAGCCGCAUACUAACACCAAGGAGGAAAUAACUGUUCCCAAAGCACUCACCCCGUACACUUUUCAGGUGCGUGCUGUAAUUCAGACAUCAUCGAAGAGGACCAUAGCGAGUGACAUGUCUGAGGGUGUCAUCUGCCAAGGACAAGGAGUUCCAAUCUAUAUGUCACGGCCUAAUGACGACAAAGUCUUAAUAUCUUGGAGGGAAUUCGCCGAGGAGUCACCUGGUGUUGUGCAGUGGAUUCUCCAAUACAAAGCUUCGAACAACAGCAGAGAAGAGAACAUCACUUUAGAUGGUGUCAUCACCAGCUACACUUUGGACGUUCCUAAAUCUGAGUCAAUCCUGGUGCGAGUGCUGGGUUCCCGUUCGCUGGAGUGGUUGGUGCAGGACUUGACGCUGGUGCCGUGGUCGACCACAGACAACCUGGACCGUGGUGGGAUGGCAUCCGUGGUACCUGAAGCUUUGAAGGCAACUCACAUUGGUACCCAAGAGUUCACGGUCACUUGGCGUUGUGAGAGUACAGUGCAAGUAUAUGGCUACAGGAUCUGUGUGACCAACGACGAUGACUUUAAGAGAUGUGUUGAAACCGACCGUGAAUGGGUGACGUUCAUGAAUUUGAAGCCAGCGACGGAGUAUGAAGUCACAGUGAAGGCUAGGGCGGCAGGGGCUGCAGGAGAACUGUCCACCAGCCUACCACUGCAUGUCACCACACAGCCGCUGGUGUCUGGAAGAUUCCGAGAGGUAACAUGCAAGUUUGUGAACGCAACGGCGCUGCAGGUGACGUGGGUUGCGGAGGGUACUCACUUCUCAGUGUCCUACACCAACAAGAUGUACGUCCCGCUCGAACAGUGGGACAACGUUGACACCACCAGUAACACUGUCCUGAUCAAUGGGAUAGACAGAACUACGGAUACUAUUUUGAAAGUGACUGCGUACAACCCGGAAGAGAGCAGCAAUGUGGUCGACUGCCACGCAGCAAAAAUCAAAGACCUGCAUUAUGAGUUCAUCCCGUCCGGUAUCCGGGUGUCGUGGAAUGGUACUGGUGUUGAGACUGUGCGGUACUCACAGAACCUCACGCUGUUCGUGGAGCAGUGGGCCAGUUGUAACGUCACUGACAACUCCGUUGUGCUGAGAAACUUGGAUCCCUCACUGCAAACAUACGUGAUGGUAAAAACUCCGGAUACUACACAAAAUAGUCAGGUCCUGACCAUUCCAGUUCGGCCGCUGGUCAAGACCAACUCUUCGUUUUAUAUUGGUAUGGGAGUAGCGGGCGGCAUCAGUGGGCUGUGCGUACUGGUCGUGAUAGCUGUGUGUGUGUGGCGACGGAGGAAGAACACCAGAUCACCUCACAGACCCCGCCGUAGAAACACGUCGCCCAAUGAAGGAGACGAGGAUGAAACCUCAGAAAUGAAGAACAUGGGCGGGGGACUCGCUAACGGCGGCGGCUCCAAGGAUGCUGGGGAGCCGCUCCUCAAUGGCCACGUGCACAUCACAGAGAAUCCGCAAUCAAAAACACCGAAUGGCAAGAUGAGGAAGGGCCGUCUGUACGUGGACGCGUUCGACCUGUCGCGGUACGACGAUCAGGACACCACCCUGGAGACGGUCCUGGACGCUUCGACAGCCACCGCGGCCUACAACCUGCUGGACACCUCCCGCUCUCCGCACUACGACCUCUCCCUCUCGUCCCGCGACCUCAGCGCCAACGACUCCUUCAACAAACUCCCCGACGACAACAUGAACUCAGAAUUGACUAGAAGUACAGAUUUCGAGUCAGACAACAGCAAAAUUCAACCCACGCUGCAACCGAACGGUUGA